AACACCAAGGUAGGUUGCCUAGUGAUCCCGAGGAAGCUGAUGUGUUAUUCCUUCUCUGCAUCGAAGGAUCAGGAAGUUUGUGCUCUCUGCGUGGCUGAGAAGUUUUUCACCUACUAGGACGGGGGGUGGGGUGGGGGGAACAGGUGUCCUCCUAAAAUAGAGCACAAACUGCAGUCUGCGUCCAGCCGUAACCCAGGAGUAACAUCAGAAACAGGUAAGAAUGACCACUUUAACACAUCGGGCCCGUCGCACUGAAGUAACCAAGAACUCUGAAAAGAAGGUAGAAAGUGAGGAAGACAUUGCUCAAGAGAGGAGUCCACACAGUGAAGAUUCUGGAGACUCUAAGGAUAUCCGCCUCACACUUAUGGAAGAAGUCUUACUCCUGGGACUAAAAGAUAAAGAGGGUUACACAUCUUUCUGGAAUGACUGCAUAUCUUCCGGCCUGAGAGGGGGCAUCCUCAUAGAACUAGCCAUGCGGGGUCGAAUCUAUCUGGAACCCCCAACUAUGCGUAAGAAGCGACUACUGGACAGAAAGGUACUGCUAAAGUCAGACAGUCCAACGGGUGACGUUUUACUGGAUGAAACUCUCAAACACAUCAAAGCAACUGACCCCACAGAAACUGUCCAAACAUGGAUAGAGCUACUCACCGGUGAGACCUGGAACCCCUUCAAACUACAAUACCAGCUAAGAAAUGUAAGAGAGCGAAUUGCAAAGAACCUAGUGGAGAAGGGUAUUCUAACCACUGAGAAGCAGAAUUUCCUACUAUUUGACAUGACUACUCAUCCAGUGACCAAUACAACAGAGAAACAGCGAUUAGUGAAAAAACUUCAAGACAGUGUCCUAGAGCGGUGGGUAAAUGACCCUCAGCGCAUGGACAAGCGAACACUAGCUCUCUUGGUGCUAGCCCACUCCUCAGAUGUGCUGGAGAAUGUCUUCUCCUCUCUGACAGAUGACAAGUAUGACGUGGCAAUGAAUCGAGCCAAGGACUUGAUAGAACUGGACCCUGAAGUGGAAGGGACAAAGCACAGUGCCACAGAGAUGAUCUGGGCUGUGCUGGCAGCCUUCAAUAAAUCCUAAAGGCGGCAGGUGGGUUUCUCCUUUUCCCCUGCUGGCUGAUGACUGUCAGAGACCCCAUCACUGAGUUUUGUGUGAUGAGAUGUUUUCAUCAUCUUUUUCCUUCUCUUGAAUCAGGCUCAUGAUUUUAGGGAGACCAACUUUAGGGCCUCUCCAUAGACUUUGACCAUUAUAAGUAGAUUUGAUUUCUCCCUGUACAUCCAUUCCAUAGGUGAAUAAACUGGGUGAAUCCACCACCCAAUAAAUAUUUUCUCCCUUCUCUUGGUUUAGUCAUCCAUUGUGCUUUUAGAUAAAUAGGAACAUCUAAGUGAGGUUCAGAAUUCUACAGCCAUAGACUGUGAAUGAGAUGAAGAACAGACCAUUUAUUUUUCUAAGUUUGUUUUCUAUCUUAAAUACAUGUUUUCACAGCCUUUGUCUCUAAGAUUCUGCUAUAUAAUGUAGCUUAUUGAAAUAGCUGUCUUUUUGAGUUAGGAGCAGUGGAACCACAACUAAUUUUUGGAGCAAGUAGUCUCUGGGAUUAUAUGUCCUACUAGUGAUUUUUCUCAUCUUUCCUUUUCUAACUUAAUGGAAAUGUCCCAAAUUUAAUUACUGGGAUCUCAUAAUUCUUGAGCUAGAAAUACAUUCUAUACUCCAUCUUCGCAGUAUCCUUCUCCCUCAUUCUUAGAAGUCCAAAUGGAAGGAAUAAAAAAGUAUCUCUUAACCAGUAUUAGAAUUUAUAAGGGAGGGAAGUGACUUGAGAAUUUCCAUCUUCUAGCACCUGACUAUCCUAUUUCCUCCAGACUCUAAAUAUCUGCUCUGGUUGAACUGAAGGAAUUGUUAGUUUCAGUUACCAAAUA